UUUUCAGCAACAUCUCAUGCGUCAUUUCCUCUAAACGUUAGCGUGAUGCUGAACUAGGAAACUUGUUCAGAUCUAAACAGGAGGAGAAUUAAAGACCUCCGUCCUACAAUCCCAAAGUCAUCCACCUGAUUACCUUCUCGAAUACCAGUUCUACUCUUUCCCUCCCCUUCAUCAUGACUGAACCAGAGCUGCUCACAGAGGUCCCUGCCUCUCUGAAACGGCUGGCCAAACAGGUUGUGCGAGGUUUCUAUGGCAUCGAGCAUGCUCUCGCUUUGGAUGUGCUGAUCUGGAACCCCUGCGUACGUGAAGAGGACAUGCUGGAACUGCUCAAGUUCGACCGCAAGCAGCUACGUUCAGUUUUGAACACACUCAAGGCUGACAAGUUUGUCAAAUGCCGUAUGCGUGUGGAGACGGCGCCCGACGGCAAGACGACACGACACAAUUACUAUUUCAUUAACUACCGGCUGCUGGUUAAUGUGGUGAAGUACAAGCUGGACCACAUGCGCAGACGCAUUGAGACGGAUGAACGGGACUCGACUAACAGAGCCUCCUUCCGCUGCCCCUGCUGCAUGAGCACAUUCACUGACCUUGAGGCCAACCAGCUGUUUGACCCCAUGACUGGAACUUUCCGCUGUACCUUCUGUCAAACAGAAGUAGAGGAGGACGAAUCGGCCGUGCCAAAGAAAGACGCCCGCACUCUGGUGGCUCGAUUCAACGAGCAGAUCGAGCCCAUCUAUGUAUUGUUACGAGAGACAGAGGACAUCAACUUGUCCCAUGAUCUCCUGGAGCCCGAACCGUCAGAAAUCCCAGCCCUAAAACAGAGUCGGGAGCGGGCCGCCCAGUCCGCAGGAGGAGCUGGUGCAGGGGCACCUGGUCGGGAAGUAUGGAAAAACAAAGGCUCAUCGUAUGACCUCUACUCGCAGGAUGUGGUCAUCAGUAUGGAAGACCAGGAGCCUCAGCCUGGCCAGACUACUGAGGGAAAAGCCCCCAAAGAGAGGCCCGUAUGGCUGACAGAAAGCACAGUGCAUGGGGCGUACAGUGAAACAGAUGCUCUGAAGCAACCUGGCGAGGACUCUAUAGUAACCCAGGAGGGAAUGACUGGACGAGGAGCCGCACAGGAUGAGAAUGAGGAGGUGAUGCUGGCUCUCCUCAUUCACGAGAAGAGGAGCGGAGUUGGUCCAGGAGGUGCUGUCGUCUCCAGACCGACCGUUCCAGUGGCUAACGUCAGCGACUCUGACAGCGAUACCAGUGAAUCGGAUGAGGACUCGCCGCCCCGGGCUCCAGCCCACACUAUGCACAACGCUACAGCCCUGCGGCCAGGAAAACAAGAAGAUGAGGAGGGCGAAGAUGAUGGUGAUGAGUUCGAGGAGGUUGGGGAUGACCCUGUGGUUAUGGUAGGGGGAAGCCCCUUCUCUUACAGGGAAGUGAGCCAGAGACCCGAGCUGGUGGAACAGAUGAGCGCUCAGGAGAAAGAGGCGUACAUUGAGAUGGGCCAGAACCUCUUCCAGGACAUGUACUUCUGAGUUCAUCUUGACUGUCUGCAUCACAUUCGUUCUGUCUUUACCUCACUUUUGGCCAUUGUUUUUAUUCACAAAAUAGUUUCGAUCGGUCUUCUUUGCACAUUCUUAAACGGUGUUGUGCGGUGUGCCAGAGCUGAGAAAUGUAGUGUUAUAUCUGUUAACCAUUCUCCUUUUUUCUCGCCCCUCUGCCAUAUUCGUAUAUGAAACUACUCUGGUGCCAAUGAUACCAAAGUAUCACAGUUGUAAACAAGAGUAUCAUACAUUGGCAAACACGCAGCGCUAAUUUUCCAGUU